AUGGCUUCUAUCGUGAAUGACCAUGUCUUUCCCUUGUUGGACCUAGACCUCCCGCUUGACAUCACAGCUGCAGAUAUUGCACCAGAGAUCCCUGCCCCGGAGACCAAUCAGGAUAGCGCAUCGGUGCCUGAAACCCCUCUCGUUGAUGCCAAUCUUCGAGAAGCAGGCCUUUGUGAAGACGACGACGCCCCAACUCCAAACAGCGCUUCGACAUCACGCACCCCGGGCAGCGACACCAACCGACGAAGCGACACCCUGGUCCGGAAGUCGAGGUCGAGGCGGGUCCGCACCGGCUGUCUGACCUGUCGAGAGCGCCACUUGAAAUGUGACGAGGCCUUGCAUCGCUGUCAGAACUGUCGAAAAUCGGGCAGGAUCUGUAGGCGCGGAGUGCGGCUGAAUUUCAUCGAUACUCAAGUAGUGGCUCCUCCUCAUGAUUUAACCCCUUCUUCUGGGAAUCGGGUCACUUUUCGGGACGAGUCCAGGCAUAUAGCGUCGGAAUAUGUGGGCGGGUUUGAAAGAUACCCUCCUCCACAGGCGGAUCUAUCGGUGGGGAAGAACAGUCUCGUGAGCCCGCCUUCAUCGUCUAGAUAUAAUAUGCGUAUAGUGCUUUCGACCCAGCCGGGGGGUGGGGUUUCCCACGCGGAAAGUAUGAACUGCUCGCCUAAUGGCCAUGCCCAUCUCAUACCUCACCAAGUGCUGGAUCGGUGUGCGUCGUAUUCUCCUUUCAAAUCGGCAAAACAAAAGAGAACGGUUUGGGCCAUUAGCGACCCGGAGGAGGCGUUCCUGAUGCGGGCUUUUGUUGACGAGGUGGCGCCGUGGAUGGAUUCAACAGAUGAAAUGAAACAUUUCACUGAGAUCUUGCCGUUCUACACCCUUUCAGAGCCUAUGCUGCAAAAGGCCUUCAUGGCGUGUGGGGCCCGCCAUGUCUUCCAUGUGAAUCCCUCCUAUGGAGAGGAAAAGGCUUCGUAUUUCUAUGACUUGGCUACGCAGAGUCUCCUCAGCCACUUACGGGAUCCAGAUCGGGACUCUGCCCUGUGCGCGACGGUAGCCGUCAUAUUAAACACCUACGAACUGAUGUGCUCGAAACUGAUGUUGGCCCCUCAUGGCAUGAAUCACACCGCUGGCGCAAGAGCUCUCAUCAAGGAAUGUCGCUGGGAUGCAACAAGUCAAGGUCUGGGUGGAGCGUGUUUCUGGCUGAACAUCAGCAUGGAGCUGCUUAACUGUGUGCAUUUCAAUUGGGCACUCGCCUGGGAUCCCGACACAUGGGGCGUAGAUACGAAUAUGGAACAAGACCAGACCGAUAAGACCAACGUCGCGGGUAGUGAGGAGAUGUGGACCCAUCGCAUGGUCUACAUCUGCGCCAAGAUUGCGAACUUCCGGUCGUCUGUUUCACAUGUUCACGGUGUCGAGCACUCGCCGAUGCAAAUCCAGAAACAGUAUCGGGAUUGGUGCGUUUAUAACGAGUGGUGCGACCAUUGGGCUAAAGCUGUACCGCGCUCCAUGGUGCCGCUUAGCUACCUGCAGCCCUGGCAGACCAAUUCGAAAUCCGUAUUUCCAGAAAUAUGGCUUAUCAAGCGGUCCGCGAUAGUUGCUCAACUCUUCUAUCAUACUGCGCGCAUCCUCCUCACCAAAGUAAAUCCGGUGGAAUCGGAGUUUAGCCCGGAAAUGCAGAGUAUGCAGCAGAGUCAUGUGCAUGACAUCUGUGGGAUCGUCGUGCACAUAAAAGAUGGGGGAAUUUCCAGUUUAUGCAUCCGUUUCCUGGCCGUUGCCGCAGCUUGUCUGUCAACGCGAGAUGCCCAGGAAGAGAUCCUGGGAACUGUGGACCGUAUCAUCAGGGAGACAGGCUGUCGGGCCGAGCACAUCAAAGACGAACUUCAAGAAGCAUGGGGCUGGACCUCGGUGCAUCAUGAAGUCGAUACAUUAUUCAACGACCAGGCGUUUAACCCGGACCCUUCGUCGACGCUGUUGAAGAUGCCUCCUGUAGUUGUGAAUCCGCUGAUGGCAUUUGCUGAUUUCUCACUGGAGAAUUAUCCUUAUCAAGGAUAUUAUGUCGCGCCUAAUCAGUUCAGCCAUUAG